AUGGGGGCCCCCGCCCCCAAGUAUGCUGCUGCUGUAGCAGCAGCACAGGCAGCAACUGCAACUGCAGCAGCAGCAGCAUCAGCACCUGCAGCAGCAGGAGCAACAGUUGCUGCUAUUACCGCUAAGGCGAAGUCUUCUCAGCCGCCCACACGCAAACUGCUGCUGCUGCCGCUGCUGCUGCUGCUGCUGCUGCUGCUGCCGAGUACGGCGCUCGCCACUCACUUAGCCCGGGACCCCUCGAGCUGCUCUACAGCAGCAGCAGCAGCAGCAGCAGCAAGGGAGCGACCUCCUUCGAUCCCCCCCAAAGACGCCCUACAAACAGCAGCAGCAGCAGCAGCAGCAGCAGCAAACAGGGCGGCAAGUAGCAGGCUGCUGCAGACGCGACGCGGCAGCACCGAUAGUAGCAGCAGCAGCAGCAGCAGCAACAGCAGCAGCAGCAGCAACAGCAGCAGCAGCAGCAAGGUCAAGGUGACUGUGGUGACAGCCACGGGAGUAGCAAGCCUCGAUAGGCGGUGGGAGCUGAUGCUGCCUGCUGCUGCUGCAGUCAAGCACGUGCGUUUGCUGCUGCAGCAGCAGCUGCUGCCCCGCCCGCCGCUGCUGCUGCUGCGGCUGCUGCACAAGGGCCGCUUGCUGUCCGCUGAGGAGACACUGCAGCAGCUGCUGCACCAGGACCUGCCAGCAGCAGCAGCAGCAGCAGCAGCAGCACCAUCAGCAGCAACUGCUGCUGCUGCUGCUUCGAAGACGCAGCAGUCCCUCACCCUUAUAUGGGACACAGCAGUGCCUCCUGCAGCAGAAGGGGACUCACCCUCCCCAAGUGCUGCUGCUGCUGCUGCCAGCAGCAGCAGCAGCAGCAGCAGCAGCAGCAGCAAAUGCUGCACCGAUGCCCAGGACAUAGCAGCUUACAUGGCAGCAGGCGACACCGCAGGGCGCAUUGCUGCGCUGCUGCAGCGCGAAGCUGACAGCCUAGCAGCAGCAGCAGCAGCAGCAGCAAACUCCGGGCACAGUGCUGCAGCAGCGGGACCCGAGCAGCCGCCCCGCACUGCUGCUGCUGUUGCUGCUGCUGCUGCUGCUGCUGCUGCUGUUGAUCGAGCUGCCUUCGGGGGCUCUGACGUUCCGCUGCAGAGCAGCGAAGAGUUGAGUGCGGCUGUAGAGACACUGCAGCAAGCACUCGAGCCACAGCAGCAGCAGCAGCAGCAGCAGCAGCAGCAGCAGCAGGAAGAGGAGGAAGUCGAGUAUUUCCCUGCCCCCCCCGGGACUCUGAAGGAGUACCUGCAGCAGCAGCUGCUGCUGCAGGUGCAGGUACACCCGAAGCGCCUGCUGCAGGUGGCAGCAGGGUCGCUGCUGCUGCAGCAGCUAAUGGCGAACACAGCCACAGCAGCACAGACGCAGCAGCAGCAGCAGCAGCAGCGGGUGCGCGAGCUGCUGAUGCUUUCUGCUGCGCCGGCCCUGCUGCUGCUGCGCCUCAGGCCUUUGCUGCUGCUGCAGCAAUUCGCGUGGCAGCUGCUGCCCAAGGGCCGAGGCUGGAAGGUGCUGCGUCUGCUGCUGCCUCCUGCUGCUGCAGCAAUGCUCGAGGACCAGCAGCCGCUGCCGCUGCAGCAGCAGGUGCAGCAGCAGCAGCAGCAGCAAGAACAACAACGCAAGCAGCAACAGCAACUGCACACGCAGCAGUUGCUGCUUCAGGGGCAGAUGCAGCAGCAGCAGCAGCAGCAGCAAGGAGUCAUCAGCAGCAGCCUAAGCCAGCAGCAGCAGCAGCAGCAGCAGCAGCAGCAGCAGGCUCAGGGGGAGCACAGACAGCUCGAGGGGCCCCCCACUUUCUUGAGGCCCCUAGGGGCCCCCCUCUCCCAUGAAGGGCCCCCCUUUGCCUGCGCUGAUUGUAAAAGCCUGAUGGACUACGAGACCCGGGACAGCUGGGAGCUAGCAGCAGCAGCAGCAGCAGCAGCCGAUGGCUCGCAUGCAGGCGGAGCCUUGGGCGCAGUAGACACUGCUGCUGCUGCUGCUGCUGCUGCUUCUGCUGCUGCUCCUGCUGCAGCAGCAGAAGCAGAAGCAGCUAGCCACCAGCUGGCACAGGGGGCCCCCCAACUGCAUGCAGCCCCAAGGGGCCCCUCUUCUGCUUCUUUGUAUUCUUUGAGUUUCUUUUUGGGUCUCUUUUACGUCAUUUUCCUUUGUGCUGCGCAGCAGCAAAAGAAAAGGGGAAGGCUCCUGAACAAGCAGCAGCAGCAGCAGCAGCAGCAGCAGCAGCAGGUGCUGCUGCAGCAGCAAACGCACCAAGAGGACUUAUUGGAGCCUCCAAAUGCAGCAAAGAGCGACGACGCGACGCCCGAAAGUAAAGAACUUGAGCUCUCUGUUGCCCCGGAUACACCAGAGGGGCCCCCCGGGGCCCCCGUAGAGGGGCCCCCCGGGGGCCCCCCAGUACCCUCUUGGAGGCCCUUGAGCCAACGGCAGCGGGCCUUUGUCGGGCCAGAAAGGCUAAGCCUCAGGGGGCCCCCUGGGGGCCCCCCGGGGGGGCCCCCCGGGGGCCCCCCGGGGGGCCCCCCUGGGGGCCCCCCUUUGGGGAUUCCUGGGGGGCCCCCUGGGGGCCCCCCUGCUGCCUUCAGGGCGGAAAGCCCCCAGCAGAUGGAAAGGUCGGGAGAGGCGGCAGCAGAAGGCCCCGCAGCGGAAGCACUGACCGAG